GAAGGUGAUACUCUAAAUAAAGAUGAUAUUAAAGAAAUAUUUUCAGGAGAGCAAAAAAUUGAUGCUCCAAAGAAAGCUGUUUUAACAGAAGAUAGUGAAUUACUUAAAGAAUUAGGAUCUUUGAAAAAAGAAGAAGCGGAUAGGUUCCAAAUUCUAAAGAAAAAGACUACUAUAAAUGAAAUCAACGCCCAAGAACCAAAUGACAUAGGACAGGAAAUUGAUGCUCUAAAUACAUCAACUAUAAAUCUAGAAAGCGAUUCUUUUCAAUUAUACGAACCUAUAAGAAGAGAUGGAGAAGCCGCUAAAACUGAAGUGCUAGGAAAAGUUAAUUCUGCACAGGGAGUUGGAUUAUCUCGAGCUAGUGGCUUAUAUGAGUUGCACGAAUCUCUAGAAAGAAAAGGACAUGUCAAAUCCGAAGAAUUAGGCUCAGGCAAAUAUGCAAAAAUAAAUGAUGAAACGGAAGAAGAUAAACCGACAGAGAGGAAAAAUUUGCCAAGGAAGGAUGUCGUAACAGUUGAAAAUAUUUUAUUGAAAACAGAUGAAUUUAUCAAAAAAGAUGAGAAAGAAAAUGCCAAAGGUGGAACAUUACCAGAAGUUAAAUCUGCAGACCAAAUCCAUAUAGUGGAGAAUGACGAAUAUUUGAAAAAAUCGGAUUACAUGAAAACAGAUGAAGCUGUCUUCGAAUGGGAAGAACUGCAAAAAAUUCGAUCGGCAGCAAAAGAAGAUGCAAUGAAAACAACCAAGCCGUCCGAAAAAAGACAUUACUUGAAAGGAGCCAAGGCUAUUUCUAAGGGGAAAUUAUCACCAAGAAAUAGGUGUUUGAGCUCAGUUGGAAUCAGGAAUAGGAAGGAAUCAUGGAAAAAAGGUGAUUCCCUCAGCGCAAUUGAUAGAAUUAAUGAGGAAGAAUUUCCUGAAAAAGAUGAUUCCUUCAGCUCACGUAACAUAAUCACGAAAAAUACAGGAUGCAAUAAAGUUAAUACUACGAGACCAACUGAUGUAAUUAGUAAGAGGAAACCAAUGGAAAAGGACGAUUCUUUGAGUAGCAUUCAUUCUUAUACAAAGAAGAGAGGCCUAGAAAAGGGUGAUUCGUCAAGUAAAGUUGAUGCAACUAUUGAAGAAGGAACAUGGAGAAAGUAUGAUUCUUCCGGAGCAGAGUAUUACAGAAGUUCAGAUUAUUCUACACAUAGAGGCGAUGUAAGGUCCAGGAGGAAAUCUGAGACGGAAGAUUUUUGUUCUACAAGAGAUGAUGCAUACAGAAAGUAUGAUGCAUCGCAAAAAGAUAGCUCAGUCAAGGAAGAUCACAUAGAAACAGAAGGGAAAUUUCAGAGCAAGUUGAAGUCUGUCAGGAAAAUUCCCUUAUCCUUUCAAAAAUAUGGAGAAGAAAAUGCUGAUUUUUUAGAUGAUAUAAGAGAAAGCACGAAAACGAAAAAAGAAGAUAACUCCAAAAAAUAUAUUUACAUAACAAACGAAAAGAAUAUGCAUAGAAAAUUAAAGGUAGCAAAGGACACUUAUACAAUGAGGGAGAAAUCAGAACAACAAGUGCAUGAUUAUACAUACGAUACAACGGAAGAUAGAUGUUGUGAAAAAGAUUUAUCCAGAGCAGAAAUUUAUAGAACGAGAGAUAAUGAAAUGCAUAGAAUAAUGCAAUCUGUAAAGCGAACUAAUAUGUCAAAGAGAAGGAAGUCAGAAGCAGAGACAGAUUCUAUGGAUGACGUUAGAAGUAGAAGCACUUUAUCAAGGGAAGAGUAUCCAUUGAGGGAUUUGCAUAUUGGAAGUAGAAGUUAG